AUGGGAUUAGCCGCCGCAAAGAGGAGAACCAAGAUCUCCAAUGAUCCCAAUAAUACACAAUGGGCGCGGUCCACCUCAGGCUUCGGCCACAAAAUUAUGAGUUCUCAGGGCUGGGCCCCCGGCGGUCGCCUAGGUGCUAAGGACGCUGCUCAUGCCGAUCUUUUGACCGCUGGCAGUACCUCUCACAUUAAAGUGACCAUCAAGGACGACACAUUGGGCCUGGGCGCUCGAUUGGGUCGGGAGGGCGAACCGACCGGCCUUGAUGCUUUCAAGGGACUCCUCGGUCGACUUAACGGCAAAUCAGAGGAGGAACAACAAACGGAUCAGCGCAAACGAGACGACGUCAAACUGGCCCGAUAUGUCGCCCUGAAAUUCCCGGAAGUUCGAUUCGUUCGCGGUGGUCUGUUGGCGCAAGAAAAAGAGGCCGUUUUACCGGAUUCCGAGAGGGCAGAGUUGAAGGAGGAGAAGUCGAAGAAGGAGAAAUCGAAAGAGAGCAAUGGGGAUUCCAGUGACGACAAUGAAUCUUCCAGCGAAUCCAAGUCCAAAUCCAAGUCGAAGUCAAAGUCGAAGAAGGAUAAAUCGAAAUCCAAGAAGGACAAGUCCUCCAAGAAAGACCGAUCCCGAUCAACCGACGUCGACAGCUCAACCUCUGUCUCUGAUGAAUCCAAGAAGAAGGACAAGAAGAAGUCAAAGAAGCGAAAGGCUGAUUCCGACGAGAGCGAGGGUGAAUCUAUCAAAGCGUCCAAGAAAGAGCCCGAGGCUAGCGACAAACCCGCCCCCGCCCCGACCGCUUCCCGAGAGCGACUCCCUAUGGCGAGACAAAUCUUCCGGGGCCGACAUAUUGCACAGAAGAAGAGGGCACUUAUGGAUGAUAAGUCAUUGAACGAAGUGAGUUUACACUACACCUUCCCAGAGGUUAUGGUCAUCAACGUUAUGGGCGAACGAAACUAA